AUGGCCAUUGCCGUUAUCUCUAUCGGAAUGGACUUCCAAUGCUUAUUCAUCGUAGUUAAAGAGCCUAAGAUGAUAGAUGUUAAAUCAGUUAAUGUGUACUGCACAAAGGGCACUACAGAUGCAUUUCUCAUUUAUUUAAAACCCAAAGAAGGAACAACAGGAGUAUUGCUUGAGAACAAGUGGUAUGGUAGAUGUUCAGGAGACACUCACUGGGAAGAAGAAAAGGGUUUUACUGGUGAACCAACUGGUGAUGAUAUAGUCCCAAUUAAUAAACACCUUACUGAUGCCUUAAUACCAAGGGUUAUAAUAGAUCUCACUAAAACUAAUGGAAGCUAUACACCUAGAAGAACUACUCUGCAAUUUAGUGUUGAGGAGGAUAAGAUAGAGAGUACCUCUAGUUUCUUAAAGUGCACACACAAACUGUCAGAAAGUAGACCAUUCAGGCUCAAGGACAUUGAAUGUGGUGGGAAAUUACUUGGUAUAAAAUCUAAGGAAUCACUUUCCUGUGUCAACGCUUACUAUUAUUCUGGUCAUUCAACAAUUCCUCUUCUCAUUGAACUGGCAUUAAGUAGUGGGAACAAUUACAAGUACUUUUUCAGACCUACUAAAGACUUGGACACAUGGUUUAAAUAUGUUAGAUCUGAUGUAGGAGAAACUACUCAACUGAAUAAUCUCAAUGAAAUGCUAGAUGCCCUUAAGAAGAUACACGUUUCCGAUCCACCUAAUGCAAGUCCUUCACUUCCUCUUGCACUUACAGAUACCCUAAAGAUCGGUGGAAGUAGUCUAACAACGGCUGGUUUGGGAGGUCUUGCCGUAUGGAAGGGACCCGCUCUAAUUGCUCGUCUGUAA